CACGGCCAUUUCUACUUCCUGCGCGCGGCUUUCCGCCGAGUGGAGCGCUCGUUCUCUGACGUACGUCGGCGGCGCUUCUUGAGGAGAGGCGAGGCCGCGGAACCGCAGCCAUGACGGAGGCUGAUGUAAAUCCAAAGGCCUACCCUCUCGCAGAUGCCCACCUCACCAAAAAACUGCUGGACCUCGUUCAGCAGUCAUGUAACUACAAGCAGCUUCGGAAAGGAGCCAAUGAGGCCACCAAAACCCUGAACAGAGGCAUUUCUGAGUUCAUUGUGAUGGCUGCAGAUGCAGAGCCGCUGGAGAUCAUCCUGCACCUCCCACUGCUGUGUGAAGACAAGAAUGUGCCCUACGUGUUCGUGCGUUCCAAGCAGGCACUGGGACGGGCCUGUGGGGUCUCCAGGCCUGUCAUCGCCUGUUCUGUCACCAUCAAAGAAGGCUCACAGCUGAAGCAGCAGAUCCAGUCCAUUCAGCAGUCCAUUGAAAGGCUCUUAGUCUAAACUGGUGGUCUCUGCCAUGCUCUCCCACUGACUCCUCCCCCUGGGUUUGUGUAUCAUAUUGUCUAUGUUAGCAUGUAGUAUUUCCAGCUACCUUCUGUUGUUAUAAAAUAUUGUAGUAGUAAAUCUGGUUUUUACAUUUUUAUAUUAUUUUUGUUUUGUCUUACAGGUCCCCACACCCACCUCACCCCUGCCCUAAAUCUCCCCUACUACUUUCCCUCUGCCAUCUUUCCUCCCUUUUGAAAGAUGAACUAAGGCCCAGAACAGGUGGAAGCAGAGUGGUGACACCAUUCUAGGGCAGGGAAGAGCCAGGAUAGAGAUCUUGUUCCAGCUUUCAGGCACUAACUCCCUUGUGCGUGCAAGACAUGGUGAAGUAAACACCCAUGUGAUUUCCCUUGUGCCUGGCGUACAGAAUCAUUUCAUACAUGUUUGAAAUUAUUUCAUACAUGAUCUAGGGGAUUAUGCAUCAUUUGGGGAGGAAGCAUGUAUUCUGUGAGGUGGUUAAGUCAUAUGCCCAAGUGUCAUUUGCUGAUGUAACCCUACCGUUUGCUUUUGGUAAUACGAUGUUAUGUCUGCCCCACCUUCGCCCUCCCCAACUUCCAGCUGUGCCCCUAAGGGUGUUAGGACAGCAGCAUACCAAAGAGGUGUAUGCUGCAGGACUCCAGAGUGGCCUGGACUAGUGAGACAUGGGGCAGUUGACCUAGGUCUUAAAGGAGUCUGGAGUGGCAAGAGAAAGUAGGAUCAACUGGUGCUGGAGUGAAGGAUUCUGGGCAAGUUUUGGAGACCUGGAAGCUACAACAGAGGUGAUAGAGUCCAAGGAAACAGCCUCUGAUGAAUAGAGAUUUCUUCAGUGGACUUGGUACCAGCUCUGAGAGCCCUUACCUACCCAUUUUCUGCCAUGAUGUGGGUCAGAUGUAUGUAUGCUUUUAUCACAUCAGAACAGUGCUAAUGUGUCAUUCUUGUGUGAGUCUUAGUAAAGAAAUAUAUUCAUAUUACAAAUUAAA